AGUAGGUCCAACAAACCUUGAACUUUCCUUGUCAGGAUGAAUUGGAGAUUCAUUUUUAAACCCUCCAGAUGCUGCUCUUCUGUGGUAAUAACUACUAGAACCAAGACAACCUCUGCACGGAAUGUAGCCUCCAGGGCUAGAGACCCAACAUUCGAAAAACUCAUGGAGAAGUACAAAAACCUUCUUAAAGUGGUUGCAAUUCAAGACCUCUUCCUUGCUUCGAGCAACCCUUCAUCAUCAAUUUCAUUGGACUUCCUCAAUAGGCUCUCCCAGAAGCUCCGCUUGAAUCGUGGUGCUGCCUCCUUCAUCUGCAAAUACCCCCACAUCUUCCAAAUAUUUUAUGAUACUAAUAAGUCUCAAUCCUUUUGCAAAUUAACCAAUGCUGCCAUUGAAAUUGCCUUGGAAGCAAGUCAGGCAAUCAAAGCAUCAAUGCCCCUUGUUGUAGACCGAUUACUUCACCUUUUAUUAAUGACUCCAAAAAAGUCUUUGCCACUCCGCGCUGCUUUCAAGGUCUGGAGGGAGCUUGGUCUCCCAGAUGACUUUGAGGAUUCUGUUAUUUCUCGAAAUUCCAAUCUCUUUAGACAUUGUGAUGGUCAUGAACCAAAUACUUAUAUCUUGAAGUUGGCUGAUGUUGUUCCGGAAAAAAGUCAUCUCACAGCAGCAGUUGAGAAUUGGAGGGUUACUGAGUGUUGUAGGGAAGACAGUCAUGUUGAUAGAACAGAAAUUAGGUUCAGUUUCAAGCAUGGUUUUCCUCCGGCAAUGAGAUUGAGCAAGGACUUGAAAGCUAAGGUUCAGGAAUGGCAGAGAUUGCCCUAUGUGGGGCCAUAUGAAGGGAUAAGGGAAAAGAGAAAGUCUAAGGCUGCAAUCAUGGCAUUGGAAAAAUGAGCAGUUGCUAUUGUUCAUGAAUUCUUGAGUCUCACCAUGGAAAAGAUAAUUGAAGUGGACAAGAUUAGUCAUUUUAGAAAUUGGUUUGAAAUAGAUAUGAAUAUCAGGGACUUGUUCUUGGAUCAUCCUGGGAUAUUUUAUCUCUCAACCAAGGCGAAAACACACACCGUUUCCUCAGAGAAGCUUAUGAGAGAGGAUGACCCCAAUCCUGUUUAUGAGGCAAGGAGAAAGCUCCUUAAUUUAGUUCUGCUGGGACAUCAUGCAUUUUUUUCUAGUAGUCCAAUGAUAAGGGAUGCUGACCAGAGCAAAGUGGAUCAGUUUCGAGGAAAAGGAUGAGACUAAAGAAACACAAGUUUUGUUGUACUUUUGAUAGAUCCUCUCCAAGGAAGAGCUGCCUUGCUCUCAUCCUUUUGUUUUCCUGGUUUUAAGUUUAGAAAGAUAGAAAGGUAAAUAAGACAAUCUAUGAACUAUGGAAAAACGGCCAGCCGAUGAGGGUUGUCUAAGAGGUGGUUUUGUCCACAUUAAGUUUCAGAGAUUAAGAUAUUUGGGCAUUUCUGGAUUUGGCCUGAUAAACUCCAUUCAAUUCCAGUGCCCUAUCAUAUACAGUCUAGAUUCAUCUGGAGUAGCUUUUUGCUGAUGAUGUACAAUCUGGGCCUCUGUGUCAGUUCAAGCAAUCAAAUUCUAGAAUCUCAGAACUUGCCAAGUUGCUGUGGUCUGGUUACGAGGGAGUUCCGCUGUCUACCACAGCACCUAUUUUUGGAGCGGUAUCAGCUACUUCAGGUUAUUGACUUCCCAUGGCUCUCUCUGUCCUAUAUGUUACAAAGAAGACAGCCCUGAAACUUUUCAGUACUCGAAAUUGGACUCCUUUUCUCGUGUUUCUAUUGCUUUCUUUUAACCAUAGUACCAUGACAGCGCAUCGUGUGGGCUGCUGGCCCACUUAUCGCCAUUACAAGAUUGGAGAAAUUGAAUGGUGUUUGAGCUCAACGAUUGAUCUUGAGGAGCUAGUGCAUGUCAAGUAAAUGGCAUUUUCUCCUUUUCUACAA